AUGGCGACCCAAAUGAUGGUUCUUAACCCCAGCAGGACCGAGUCGGAGCGAUACAGUUGCCCGUCAUGCUCCAAGUCUUUUGUUCGCAAAGCCCAUAUGCUCAGACACCAACAACAGCAUGCAACUUCAAAGCCUUUCAACUGUACCUUCUGCUCCAAAGCCUUCAAGCGAAGUGAUGUGCUACGCGCCCACCAGUUCCGUUGCAAAGAGAGAGGGGAUGCUCCCGUCCCCGAAGGCCAGAGCAAAGGCCGAAAGAGGUCCUCGUGUGCUUCUUGCGUCAAACUCCGAACUCGCUGCGACCAGGAGACCCCUUGUUCCCGCUGUCAAGAACUCGGCAAGGAGUGUGUUCGAGCACCCACAACUCAUCCUUAUCCGGUCAACAAGCGCUCCGACGCGUCCCGUCCCAAGAGUCGAGAUGCAAUUUCCAUUGCCCAUCUGCUCAACAACGCCGGUGACGACGAAUUUCACAAUCGUUUUCCCGUUCCCGGACAACUCCAACAAGGCGAUGAGGAUGAAGCAACUGCUCCGUCCCCCGAGAACGAAUCAGAAACUUCUCAUUGGAGUGAGGAAAUCGAGUCUUACGAUCCCUGGCUUGGGGCUCCUGAUUCGGGUUUCGACUCCUUUUUUGACGGUCUUGAAUCACUCACCUUUGGAAACUCAAGCAUGUCUACUGAUCCACUAGCCAUGCAACCCAUCAACAUGUGCAUUCCCGACGCCAGAGCACAAGCCUUGGAGCCUCGAGCCCACGAAAUUCGACAAGCUCUACAGACGACCGCCAUGACGUUUGGCGGCACCUUGCCCGAAAUGCAGCCAUUGCUCGAGUUGGGACCUGCAAUCAGCCAAUUGACCGCCUCCGAGGUUGCCUCGUUGAUCGACCUCUUCUUUCAACACUAUCACAAACACUGCCCUAUUAUCCACAAAGCUUCAUUUCAGCCCACCAACAAGCCACUAGCUCUGGUGCUCGCUGUCGUGGCAUUAGGCGGUAUGUAUGCUCCGGACAAGGCCAGGACCGAUCGUAUGCGCUCUCUCCUGGACGUCAUCGAGCUGUACAUCUUCAAUGUCCCGGGAAUACGUGAGGAGUUUGCAUUCAGCUUCGAUCUCAGCCAAGCCGCAGAUGAGGAGACUCAGUAUGCAAAUUUUGAGAUGCUACAAGGCGCAUACCUCAUCGUUGUUGCGCAAUACUUCUCUGGAAAUCUUGCUGCCAAGCGUCGUGCCCGUCGGCAGCGCUUCAUGCGCGUUCUUGAUAUUGCAAGAUCAUUGAAAUUACCCUCGGCACAGCACUCACCGUAUAUUUCCAUCUCCGAUCAGGCUGCUUUCACCGCCUGGCAACGUGAGGAAUCUCGCAUACGGCAUUUCGCCAUCAUGACAGCAUUGGAUGCUGCCAUGGCGAUUUUCAACAAUGUCCCGCCACGUAUCACCUUCUCCGAACUCGACCUGCAUCUUCCGUCUGAUCAGGUGUUUUGGAACAUGGGCUCUUACACCGAUCUAAUCAAUCAAGCAAUCUUCCCCCGGCCCCGAAUGAAAAUGCUGGAUGCUUUUCAACUUCUGUUCGCACCUACACCCGAGUUUCAGGUGGCAGCAGAGAAAGAAACCUGGAAUUGUUGGGACUGCAUGUACCUGAUCCAUCUGCUCUAUUCACACGUAUGGCGUCAGACCUUCUCGAAUCCUCUAUUACGCAAGUCGCCGUUCACCACAGCUGCGCCAGCCAACAUACUUGAUCCACUGAAAACGGCGAUGCGCAAUUGGAAGAGUCUCUGGGAUGAUGUUCGCUCUCAACUGACCACGGAACAAAUUGCUGGAAUGGGAUUCGAAAUAUCUUCGGACAGUUACUGGACCCUCACAAAGCUGAUUAUACAAGCGUUCGACACUGGCAACCCAAAGGAAGACCCAGUGUCGCUGUCAGGUUCGGCAUCUGUCGCGAGUGGCGGAGCCCACGACCAAGGUGGCACAGCGGCACAGCAGACACCGCGUGGUCCAUCGACCUAUCCUGAUCCUGCCUCAGUGCAGGCCAUUCCGACGUCACAAACAGCCCACGUGAACGGCCACUAUCCAGACCGCAGCCAGUAUGCUGUUGGCCCUGGGCACGGGAUGGCCCCUCUUCAGAACGGCAUGAAUUAUAUGCAUGGCAUGAACGGCAUGAACGGCAUACACAACAUCAACAACAUGCAGAUGAGCAUGGGCAUGAACGGCAUGAACUUGGGCCCCGUGCCGGUCGAUCAACGGAUGGCAGUACCAUCCGUGAAACAGGAAGAAGAGGCGGUGCAAUCGUCUGGCUACGCGGGCGGGCUCAAUCUUGGCGGCAAUUACCCGGCCUCUUCUGAACCCGCCAGUGCGACAGCUACAGACUUUGCGACCUCACGCGGAGGUGCACCUGACUUUAUGCCGCUUGAGGCAGACUGCGACAUUCACGGAGCGCACCUGAAGAAGGUAUUGGGUCGAGCGAAGUGA